UUCAAAAUUUCGUAGACGACAAUAGCUGCCUAGAUUGUGUCGGGAACUCGUCGCAGAAAGGCAAAAGAGUCGCGGCACGAAAUCUUGCGACAAAAAUUAACAACGACGUAACGAACCGUCAGUAAUUUUUUUUCUUUUGACGACAACGCGACAAUGCCUCUCCCAAAUAUUUUGAGAAAAGCAAGCAACUAUAUCCUUGGCGAGUGCGGCCAGGACAAUCGACGUGUCAUUUAUCAAGACGGCGAAGCAUUAUUCUGCAAAAAUAACGUCUGCGUGCAUCCCCCUACAUUAAUGAGACAACACGCCGACGUGGUGCAUCAUCCUGGAUACAUGACUAUAACUUGCAAAUUGAACAAGAAUUCGAAUUUGCCGACCCUGCACCUAAGUUGGAUACCCAACAGCACAUUGCGCAAGCAUCCUACCGCGUUGGAAAAUCUGAGUGCUAGAAAUGCUACCGCGCGUCGAGACGACGAUCCAAUCUGCCCGCGUUCCCGAAUCCCCCCCGAGAAGACACGCGAUACGCUCAACAUUUCGGGCGUGAGGCAGGAGCUCGAGAACGAGAACGAGAACGAGAAUGAAAAUGAAAAUGAAAAUGAAAAUGAUACCGAGAAUGAUAACGGAAAUGGGAAAGUAGACGUGUGCUUGGAGGCAAAGGAGCCUGUCAACUGCGGAGACUGCGAACGUGUUUGUUCCGGUUCCGGCUAUCAUCGUUACGGCCAUGACUUUCUACGUCGUCGAGAUCCAAGCACGACAAUCAAUCGCGAUGACGAAAAUGUCAAAACUAUUGAGACCGAGAAUCCGAAUUCGGCGGAUUCGGUGGAUUCGAGCAACGAAAAGAAUGAGGAUUUAAAAGAACGGGACUUGAAUGAAAUCGAUGCAAGGAGCAUCGAUGAGGAACCUGCACGCUUCUCGUUCCGUGACGAUGUAAGUGUUAAGAGUCGCAGCUUAUCAUUAACAUCAACGUGCAGUUUGUCAAUCUCGAUACCUAUCGAUGCGGAGGAAAUGCCUUCGUGGAUGAGGUCUCCAGAACUUCUAGCGCUACAACACAAUCUUGUUUUUCCCGAGAGCGCGACCGCAUCGCCUGUGACAUUGCGUAGAGCACAUCGAUGCAGAAGAUUCUCGGUGGAUCUCGGUGAGAUGCGAUCCUUGAGGCUAUUUUUCGCCGAUCCUGCUUGCACCUGUGGUCAAUUGGUCGUGGCGAGUAGGGAAAGCCAAUAUAAGAUCUUGCAUUUCCAUCAUGGCGGUUUGGACCGGCUAGCCGCCACUCUACAUCAAUGGCAUCAAUUGCUUUAUCCACGCUUAAAUAUGGAUACGGAAGAGACUCUGCCGUACAGGCAUUUCAUGGUAUGCCGGCCGGAAGUAAGUCGAGAUGAGCUGCAUCCCGAGGAAGGUCAAGUACCGAUGAUCACAUCGCUAGCUUGGAAAGAUUUAUUGAAUGAACGGGGCCAGGUAGAGGAUGACCUCGCUCUUCGUAAGGGAAUAUUUUUCGGAGGUUUGGAACCGGCGCUACGAAAGAUUGUUUGGCCUUUCCUGCUGCACUGUUAUUCUUAUCAAAGCACGUAUGAGGAUAGAGAGCAAAUCGAUGCCAUUAGGCGGCAAGAGUACGAAGAGAUACAGAAACGCAGACUGAGCAUGAAUCCGGAGCAAGCCGAGCGUUUCUGGCGAAACGUGGUGUGUAUAGUAGAGAAAGAUGUUGUCCGCACGGAUAGAGCUAAUCCAUAUUACGCCGGUGAGGGUAAUCCCAACAUCGAAGUAAUGAAGAACAUUUUACUCAACUACGCGGUAUAUAAUUGCCGCCUGGGUUACACUCAAGGAAUGUCCGAUCUCUUAGCACCGUUAUUAGCUGAACUCAAUUCCGAAAUCGAGGCCUUCUGGUGUUUUGCCGGUUUAAUGCAAAGAUCGGUAGCCGUGUGCACUCCGACCGAUACAGAUAUGGACCGAAAUCUAUGCUAUCUAAGAGAAUUAGUAAGAAUCAUGGUACCAGAUUUUUAUGCGCAUCUUCAAAAGCACGCGGAUGCCUUAGAACUUCUAUUUUGUCAUCGAUGGAUACUCUUAUGCUUGAAAAGAGAAUUUCCAACCGAGAUAGCGUUAGUCAUGUGGGAAGCUUGCUGGGUCAAUUAUUUAACAGAUCAUUUCCACUUAUUUCUUUGCCUCGCUAUAAUGUGCGUUUACGCGGACGACGUGAUCGCCCAAGAUCUCCGAACAGACGAAAUGUUGCUGCAUUUCAGUUCACUGGCCAUGUACAUGGACGGCAACAUUAUACUUCGAAAGGCACGAGGUCUGCUUCACCAUUUCCGUCAACUUGUGCGCUUACCUUGCACAUUAGCCGGACUAUGCCGACAAUGUGGUCCAGGAAUGUGGGACAGCGCGCACGAUCCAGUAAUAGAGUGCAUAGGUCACGAGGAUACGCACUGUCCCUAUUUAAAUAAUUAUGAAUAACUGUCUAAUUUAGGAAGAAGAAGAAGAAGAAGAAGAAGAAGAAGAAGAAGAAGAAGAAGAAGAAGAGAGCUCAUCAGUAUUACUUGACGCUUAUAGAUUUAACUCUCGUUUCAAAUGAUUAGAUAAUUAUUACAAAUAAGUGCUUGUUCUCUCUACACGGAUUUUUCUUUAUAACAAACUUUGAUUAGUAAAGAUCUAUCUUCUGCAAACAUUAAUAUUUACAAAAUAUAUAUCGAAUCUAGCCAUUAUGCUCUCUAAAUCUAUACGCGAAUGAAUCUAUUCAGUUACAUCACACACGCCAGACGAUACGUGAUACGUAUCUUUAUUCUUUACUAACAAACAGCACUAUUUGAAUUGACCAAAAAAAAGUAAAAAGUAAGAAUGUAUCACGCAUAUUAAUCAUCUAUGUUAUACGUUACACAUUAUAUUGAUAUCUCGAUUUAAGCGAAUGCCGAAACACAAAGACAUAUCUGAAAAUUCAAUUUCAAAUCAAGUUCACUGUCAGUUAAAAAAUAAACUUACGAGACUCGACAACGUUGUAUAUCAAUAGAUAAAUAUCUGCAGUAUUCGCAACGUUAAAGACUGACGAAUGAAAGAAAAGAAUAACUAGUAUGUACUACAAGCUAAUGUCCGAAUGUACCCAGCUGGGGUAGAGAGAUAUUCGUUAUCUAAUCUCACUCCGAUACCCCAGUUAAUUUAAUCUAGUAGGAACUCGUCCGCUAGAAACCAAAAGAAGAAAUCAAAUCGUACAAGUACACGAAAAUGCUAUUGUAAAAAUAUACCCGAUUCGAGCAGGGUAUAAACUAUAAAUUAAUAACAUAUAUAUGUUCACUGCAAAGUGUUCACUUUACGUUCGUGUAUAUAUAUAUAUGUAUAUAAUACAUUCUCGUGCGCGUAUGCAGUAAUUUCACAUACGUAAAAAAAACAGCGUAAAACUUUUCCAGUUUAAAAUGCGUAACAAAAUUUCACUUAUUAAAAACUAAUUAAAUGUGAUGUUUUGCUAAGCGCACAGUUGCACACUAUGCCACUGUUUUAUUUUUAUGAAAUUUAUUCGAAAGCAAAUACAAAAUUAUUAUGAUUAAACUAAUUUCACCGAGUAACUAAACGAUAAUAUACCAAUUUGUACUUUGUGUUUAUUAUAAUAAUGAUUAUUAUAGUUCAGUGUCACACAGAUAUACGUCAAAAUAAAUAAAAAAUUGCUUUAUAAUAUUA